AUGGAUGAAUAUUUUGGGACCCCGUUACCUGCGAAUGAUGUACUCGACGUUCUUAUUGUCGGAGCUGGAAUUUCGGGAAUCAACGCUGGCUAUCGAAUCCAGAGUCAGUUCCCCAAAUACACUUACACAAUCUUAGAAGGACGAGGGCAAAUGGGUGGCACCUGGGAUCUCUUCCGUUACCCAGGUAUCCGCUCGGACUCGGAUCUUUUCACGUUUGGAUUUGAAUGGAAUCCUUGGGAGAAGCUCAGCCCAAUAGCGGAUGGCGAAUCCAUCAGACAGUACCUGCACAAAUCUGCUUCGAUGCACGGCAUCGACAAGAAAAUCCAAUAUGGUCACCUUAUAACGAACGCAUCUUGGUCUUCUAAAGACUGCCUGUGGACAUUGACAGCACUAUACAAGCGCCAGCAGCUGCAGUAUAAAGCUCGGUUCUUAGUCUUCGGCACAGGCUAUUACAACUAUAAUGAACCUCUUGAGGCCAAAAUCCCAAAGAUCGAGCAGUUUCAAGGUCAAACCAUUCAUCCCCAAUUCUGGCCUGAAGACCUAGACUAUACAAACAAGCAGAUCGUGGUUAUCGGCAGUGGUGCUACGGCCAUCACACUCGUUCCGUCGCUCGCAGAAAAAGCUGCCAAAGUCACAAUGUUACAGCGUAGUCCAACUUAUAUCCUCUCGAUACCUAACAAAGCCUUUAAGCGGCCAUGGUAUAGCCAUCUCCUUUCCCAGACAUUAUAUUUCUCGGUUCAACGUUUGUUAUGGAUCAUCCGUGGACGCCUUUUCAUUUGGUACUGUCAUCGAUGGCCAGAUGGAGCAAAACGGAUGAUAGAGAAAAGCACGACCCAGCAACUUCCCGUACAGAUAUCGUACGAUCCGCACUUCAAUCCGUCCUAUCGGCCUUGGCAGCAACGCGUUUGCAUCUGUCCUGAUGGCGACUUCUUUAAAAGCCUCCAAUCUGGCAAAGCCACUGUGGAAACUAGCAUCAUCCAAGAAGUCGUUCCUGACGGUAUAGUAUUAGCGUCCGGCAAGAAGUUGGCAGCAGACAUCAUCGUUACUGCAACAGGUCUCCGAUUACAGAUGUUUGGCGGCAUUAAAAUCGAGGUGGAUGGCAAACUUCUCGACCCUAGGGAAAAGUAUAUGUGGAACGGUAUGAUGAUCCAGGAUAUGCCCAAUGCUGCUUUUUGUUUCGGCUACACCGAUGCUUCAUGGACGCUGGGAGCGGAUGUCACAGCAAAAUUCAUCUGCAAAUACCUCAAGUACCUCGAAAGGCAGAGUUAUAGGGCUGCUGUACCAUAUCUGCCAGAGUCGAUAUCGCUCUUGCCUGCCCCGACAAUGAACCUACAAUCGACUUACGUUACACUCGGAGCGGCUAAUCUGCCCAGAUCUGCGGUGGAAAGCCCGUGGACAGGCCGUAAAGGCUUCAUUCUGGAUUAUGCUUGGAUGAAACUCGGACGUCUCGACCGUGGGUUGACAUUCAUUAGAUGA